UUGCGGUGUGCUACCAUGAUGGGUUUGUUUGGCGUCCAUCAUGCUGCAAUGUUACUUGUUGGCACUGCCAGGCAGAAGUAAAAACCCUCUUAUAUGAAGUAGUGGGCAUGUAUUCCCACUACCAUUCCCACAGAAUACGGUGAAGACUAGGUCUACCUUGCUUUCUCACAAGUUGCAGCCUUGUCACUCAUAUCACAAUCACCCCUUGAUCCCUCUACUGAUCGACAUGGGCGUUGAUCCGUGUUGCAACACUUGGCGUAUCUUAGCAUGAAACUGCCAAUGUGUAAACAUUGUAACACAGCUGUCAGUUGUGUGUGUGCUUAAAUGGCAAACUUGCGCGUAAAGAACAACGAGAGCGUUGAUCUGCUUUCCACAAACUUGACGCAUGAUGGAUCACCCUACUGCUUUGUUCGUCGACGCUGGCAUCCAGGCAUCUAAGUACUUCAAUGUUGGAAUGUUUGCUAUUUUAAUUUUUGAUUAUUUCAUUACCCUGGAGACAGAGUCAGAGUGGGUCUGGCACCGCAGAUGGACUUUCGUGCGAUUUGUGUUUACUGUAUCACGAUACUUGCCAUUUUUCGCCAUUGGAAUGACAUUCACGGGUGCGCUUCGAACACAGUACUAUCCUGGUGAAAGUUGUGUUAGAUUUGGACAAGCGUCCAACGUGUUGCAUAUCAUCUGCAUUCUGGCCGCAGAAGGCUUGCUCAUAACGAGGAUUUACGCUUCCUGGAGGAGUAAGCGUCUACUGACAUUCCUUAUUGUUUUUCCCGUCAUUUGUUUUGCGGUCUCUUAUAUCAUAUCGGACACUCCCUUGAUCUUCAAUUCCAAAAACACGACCUCGAUUAAUAUACCGAAUCCGGGCCACUGUCUUUUCGUGGGCGGCAGAAAUAACGUUUACGAGUACGCUGCUCUGUUACUGUACGAACUGGUCCUCUUUUGCUUGAUGUUGUACAUCAGAUUCAGCAAGUACGGCAAUGCCGUCGGACUACUCCAAAGAACGUUCUUCAACGACUCGGCGAGAUAUAUGAUAUGCAUCAUGAUCGUAUCAUCGUUUAACAUAAUUUUGACCAUGGCUCCUCCGGUCACAUGGGUUUCUAUCACAGACUCUCCGCAGAUUGUCAUCCACAGUGUUCUAGCCUCUCGGAUUCUUUUCAACCUACGAGCGAGUGAAGGACAAACGCAUAUUCAUACACUGACGGAUAUAUCUGAGUUGCAGUUUGGAGGAGGCCAAUUUUCAACGGUGGUAUAUGGUGUUUAAUCAACUUUAUGUAUGCAGUGCAGGCCUGGUCCUACUGUGUAUGUAUCCCAUGUCACAUACUAAUUGUACCUACGAACUACGAUGUCUGCUUACCUGCUCAAGACCAUCACUAACGGC